AUGCAGCCGUCCUUGUCCUACGUAUGGUGUUGUUCCUCGCAUCCGCCACAGAAGCCACAUGAACAACUGCUGCUUUACUACCAAAAUGUAGGCGGAAUUAAUUCCACGGUCGAGGAGUACCGCCUUGCAGUGUCUGAUCAGUGCUUCGAUAUCAUCGUUCUCGUUGAGACUUGGCUGAAUGAUGUCACACUUUCCAGCCAGAUAUUUGGUCCUGCUUACGAGGUCUUUCGCUGUGAUCGAAAUUCAAACAACAGUCGUAAAUCCGUAGGGGGCGGAGUACUGAUAGCCGUGAAUUCCAGUCUUAAAUCAAAAGCUGUCGUUAACACUUCGUGGGAUUGCCUUGAACAGGUUUGGACAACGAUCGAGCUUAGAGACCGGAAACUGUAUUUGUGCGCUCUGUAUAUUCCGCCCUUGUCGGUUCGGGAUAUGGGAUAUGUUGAAACCCACUUUCUUGGGGACUACAAUCUACCGAGCAUAACCUGGAUCGCUACACCUAAUGGCUAUCUUUAUCCGGACACCGAUCACUCUUCUUUACACAACGGAGCGGUAAAGCUUCUUGACAGCUAUAGCUCAGCAGCACUAGUUCAAGUUAAUUCCAUCGCCAACGAGAAUAAUCGUUGUCUUGACCUCUGCUUCAUUAGCGAUCAAUGCACAGCAUUAUCUUUAUCUAUUGCACCUGCGCCACUAGUCAAAUCAGUGGCACAUCACCUGCCGCUGCUCGUCAUGGUAAAUCGCGGUUUGAAGCAUGCUUUCAACGACUCUCAUGAAUCCAUAUCCUUCAAUAAUCGCAGAGCCAACCAUCGUAAUAUCGCUGAGCUACUGUUUUCUAUCGAUUUGCACAUUCUGGAUCUAGAAGAUGUGAAUAUCGGAGCGCAAACAUUUUCCAACGUAUUGGCGUAUGUCAUUGAUCAACACGUGCCGAAGAAAGUCUGUCGUAAGGUAGUUAGUCCUUCAUGGUACUCGAGCUCGCUGCGACGUUUGAAAACUACUAAAAGAGCUGCUUUGAGGCAGUUUACCAAGCAUCGUUCAGUCUUAUUUCGGAACCAUUAUGUUAGGCUCAACUAUGAGUUCAAGCGAGUCACUAAGGAAUGUUACUCUCAACAUCAGCUUAAUAUCCAACGCAACCUCAAGUCGCAUCCUAAACGCUUCUGGCAAUAUGUCAACGAGCAACGCAAAGAAUAUGGAUUACCUACAUCCAUGACGCUCAACGACAACACGGCAUCUACGACCUAG